CAUCUGGGUGAUGCAUCAUUUUAAAUAGUUUCUUGUUGCUGAAAUUAAAGCUGCUCGUGUGUGAUUAUUCUGGUGCCGAGACAACUUAAUUUACAUUUUGCAAACUUGCAUAACAAUGGAUAUCAGCUAAAGAUGGGCAGUGUCUCUUAUGGCCCAGAUAUCUCCACACCACCCAGGUUCUUCCAGUCAGAGGAGAGAGAGACACACAGACGCACGGACAGACAACAUGGAAGAUUUCAGAAUUCAUAGCAUGUUGUUGACAGGAAGCGACCGGGGGAUUGGCCUGGGCUUGGUGGAGCAAUUUCUCCAGCUGCCAUAUCCACCUCAGCUCAUCUUUGCCACCUGCCGGCAUCCAGAUGGACCCGAAGGACAGGUAUUAAAGGAAAUGGCUCGCAGGUAUUCAAAUGUCUCAACUCUUGUUCUACUUCAACUGGAUGUCACAGAUCCUCACAGCAUCAAGGAAGCUGCCAAGAAAGUGGAAGAGCGUGUGGCAGGUUGUGGUCUCAACCUGCUCAUAAAUAAUGCUGCUAUCGCUUGUGAAACAACUCUGAGCUCUGAGAACGCCCAGAACAUGUUGUCCGUGUACGCCACCAACACGACUGGGCCCAUGCUGGUGUGUCAGGCCUUCUUGCCUUUGCUCAAAACGGCGGCUCGGAAAAGUAGGCAGAGCGGGAUGAGCUGCAGCAAAGCCGCCGUGGUCAACAUGUCCAGCAGCUACGGCUCCAUCUCACUCGUUGACGGGUGGGAGUGGAGGCAAGACAUCAGCUACCGCUGCAGCAAGGCAGCUCUGAACAUGCUGACAUGCUGCCAGUCUCUCGGGUAUGGCCCCUGGGGGAUCCUGUGUGUAUCCAUCCACCCUGGAGGAGUGAAGACCCACCUUGGAGUAGAGCAGGGUGUCUUGAGUGUGGCCACCAGCACCCGAGGGAUCAUCCAAGUGCUUUCUCGCCUCUCUGCCCAGGACAAUGGAACCUUUUUAGACUGGGAAGGAAAAACUGUCGCUUGGUAAGGAAGAGGAGAUACAAAGGCAGAACAUGAGGCCCUUCCAGAAGUCCUGAGGGGGGUGCCAGAUUCACACAGGAGAUGGGAAGAGCCACAGUUUGUGGUCUUCAGCUACUCAGGGUUCAAAGCAAUAAAAGGAGCUUGUGGGUUAGACUUUGGUAGUAGUCUGUUGACCUUCUGGGUGCUGUCUCCUUCGCUGGCAAAUUGCUAAAGCCAGCUACAAAACUGCCCAACCUCUCACCUAUAUGAAAGGCCCCCCCCCC